AUGUCUAUAUUGGACUUGUGGACGCAAGAACUUGAAAAUCCAACACUCAGCGUUUUACCGCAUGAUUUUUUACGUCCUCAUAGCGAUCCGCUAGUCGAAAGGCGUGAAAAAAGCAUUCAUUUGCCUCAACUGGAGCUGCCUCAUGGUCAGGACAACUAUACACUCGUACUAGCAAUUUGGGCUUCUCUCCUGUUCAGACUCACUGGUGACGAUGACAUCGUGUUGCUGAUCAGGGAAAACAGAGUUCUCAGAUUCACCGUACAGCCCACUUGGACAUUUGCCGCUCUUUACGAGGCGGUUUCGAAAGAAUUGCAGCGUGUGGAACAGUUAUCAUCCGUUAGUUUCGACGAAUUAUCUCUACACGUUCAAACAUCCCAAGAAAGAGAUCAGCCACCUCAUUUCUUCCGCCUGGGAUGUCUGCAAAAUCAACCAGAAUUCGCACUCGAAGGACAGUACAAGACACAAUUACUGGAUUUGGCUUGGAAUCUGCAAGGAAACUCCAAUUUGACAGUAAUUUACAAUGGACUACUCUACUCCGACACCAGAAUUGACAUUUUGCUAUCUCAAUUUAACCAAUUCGCUUCCGCGGUUUUGAAGGAUACUUCAGAAUAUUUCACUAAGGUUUCUUUGAUCACUCCGUCCAGCCAAAAAGCAUUGCCAGACCCAACCGAAAACCUGGGCUGGUGUGAUUUUGCAGGAUGCAUUCACGACAUUUUCCAAGACAACGCUGCCAAAUUUCCAGAAAGAACAUGCGUAGUAGAAACUCCGGGUUUGAAUUCUGAUGCUCAAUCUCGCGUAUUCACGUAUCAAGACAUUAACAGAGCGUCCAACGUGGUUGCUCACUAUUUGAUCAAUACCGGUAUCAAGAUAGGGGACGUAGUCAUGAUCUACUCUUCAAGAGGUGUUGAUUUGAUGGUGUGCGUUAUGGGUGUGUUGAAGGCUGGAGCUACGUUUUCGGUCAUUGAUCCAGCUUAUCCACCCGCAAGACAAACCAUCUACUUAGGUGUUGCUAAGCCUAAAGGUUUGAUCGUGAUUCGUGCCGCCGGCAAGUUGGACCAACUAGUUGAAGAUUACAUCUCCAGUGAAUUAGAUGUGAUCUCAAGGAUACCAUCUAUUGCAAUCCAAAGCAACGGUGUGGUUGAAGGCGGUGUUUUACCAGGUUCGUCCGCGGACUGCUUGGACCGCUUCGAGUCUUUGAAAGACACGCGUUCGGGCGUGAUCGUGGGACCUGACAGCAACCCAACAUUAUCAUUCACCUCUGGAUCAGAAGGUAUUCCUAAAGGUGUUUUAGGGAGACACUUCUCCCUUGCUUAUUACUUCAACUGGAUGUCCCAACAAUUCAACCUAUCAGCAUCUGACAAAUUUACAAUGCUUUCAGGUAUUGCUCACGACCCUAUACAAAGAGAUAUGUUCACUCCUUUGUUCCUAGGUGCCCAGCUACUGGUACCCACUGAGGAUGAUAUUGGGACACCGGGUCAGCUAGCAGAUUGGAUGGGCAGGUACGGCGCGACGGUAACACAUUUAACCCCAGCCAUGGGUCAGCUGCUUACCGCCCAAGCCACUUCCUCGUUUCCUUCAUUGCACCAUGCCUUCUUUGUUGGAGAUAUCUUAACCAAAAGGGACUGUUUAAGACUUCAAACCUUGGCUGAAAACGUUCGUGUUGUCAACAUGUAUGGUACUACAGAGACGCAAAGAGCCGUGUCAUUUUUCGAGGUAAAUUCAAGAUCGGACGAUCCUCUAUCCUUGAAAUCUUUGAAAGAUGUGAUGCCCGCCGGAAAAGGUAUGCUUAACGUUCAGCUACUUGUCGUGAACCGUAACGACACAACGCAGAUCUGUGGUGUUGGAGAGAUCGGUGAGAUAUAUGUAAGAGCUGGUGGCUUGGCAGAGGGCUACCGCGGCCUACCGGACCUCAAUAAGGAAAAAUUUGUGCAGAACUGGUUUGUGGAAUCGGGACACUGGGACUACUUGGAUAAAGAUAAUGGCGAGCCAUGGCGUAAGUUUUGGUAUGGGCCUCGUGAUCGCUUAUACAGAACCGGUGAUUUGGGGAGGUAUACACCGGAUGGCAACUGCGAGUGCUGCGGACGUGCCGACGACCAGGUCAAGAUCCGUGGUUUCAGAAUUGAGCUUGGUGAGAUUGACACCCACAUUUCUCAACACCCUCUUGUGCGUGAAAACAUCACCCUAGUGCGCCGCAACGCCGACAACGAACCCACACUCAUUACCUUCAUGGUCCCGCGCUUUGACAAAGGCGAUGAGCUGUCUAAUUUUGAAUCAGAGAUUUCUGAUGAAGUUUCUAAAGAUGCUGUAGUCAACGGCCUCGUCAAAUACAGACUUUUGGCUCAGGAUAUCAAGAUUGGAUUGAAGAAGCGUUUAGCGAGCUACGCCAUUCCUACAAUUAUCGUUGUUCUCGCAAAAUUACCCUUGAAUCCAAAUGGUAAGGUCGACAAGCCCAAGUUGCAGUUCCCAACUUCAAAGCAACUCGCAGCCGCCGCUGAGAAUAGCUCGAUUGAGAUUGAUGACUCAGGAUUCUCUGAAACCGAAAUCGAGGUUCGUAAUCUCUGGUUAGAAGUGCUUCCAACCAGACCUGCCACCAUCACACCAGAUGACUCUUUCUUCGACCUAGGGGGACACUCUAUUUUGGCGACAAAAAUGAUUUUCACCCUCAAAACAAAGCUGCAUGUUGAGUUGCCGUUGGGAACAGUUUUCAAGUAUCCCACCAUCAAGCUUUUUGCUAAUGAAGUAGUGAGAGCUAGAGCGUCUGAGAAAAACUCAACACCUGAGGAUACUGUUACUGCAGACUAUUUCGGAGACGCAAAAGAGCUUGUGAAAACAAUGUUGCCAGAAACUUUCCCCUCGCGUAAAAGCAUCGAUUGCGACUCCGAUACCAUUAACGUAUUUGUGACAGGUGUAACAGGAUUUUUGGGUUCUUACAUCCUCGCAGAUCUCCUAAGCAGACCGGACUCGAAGAGAGUUAAAGUGUUCGCACACGUUCGUGCAAAAGACGCCGCUGCGGGGUUGGACCGUGUGAUUAAGGCUGGUGUUGUUUACGGCACUUGGUCUCCCGCUUUCCGCCCUCAUAUAGAAAUUGUUUUGGGGGAUUUAUCCAAACCACAAUUCGGUCUUGAAGACAAAGCAUGGGACAAACUGGCGAACGAGGUAGAUGUUAUUAUUCACAAUGGUGCCCUGGUUCACUGGGUCUAUCCCUACGCAAAAUUAAGAGAUGCCAAUGUCAUCUCCACCAUCAAUGUUAUGAAGCUCGCGUCCUGUGGCUCCAAGGCCAAAUAUUUCACGUUUGUUUCUUCCACAUCCACGAUAGACACUCCGCACUACUUCAAACUUUCUGAUGAGCUAGCUGCAGAAGGUCACGGAUUGCCCGAAAGUGAUGAUCUAAUGGGAUCUUCGACUGGGCUGGGUGGUGGAUACGGCCAAUCCAAAUGGGCUGCCGAGUAUAUCAUUAGACGCGCUGGUGAGCGUGGUUUGCGAGGAUGCAUCGUAAGGCCGGGCUACGUGACUGGUGCAUCUCGUAACGGUUCGUCCAACACCGACGACUUUUUGCUGAGAAGUCUGAAGGGUGUUGUCCAGCUGGGUAAAAUUCCGGAUAUCAGAAACACUGUCAACAUGGUUCCUGUCGAUCAAGUUGCCCGUGUAGUCACUGCAGCCGGAUUUUAUCCUCCUUCUGAGAAUUCUUUAGAGGUUGCCCACGUCACAGCUCAUCCACGUUGUUUGUUCAAAGACUACCUAUAUGAGCUGGCAACAUAUGGCUACUCUGUGGAGGUUGAAAGUUAUGACUCAUGGAGAAAGUCUUUGGAAGAAUCCGUCAUCGGACGCCAAGAGGAAAACGCCCUGUAUCCCUUAUUGCACAUGGUUCUGGAUAACUUGCCGGAAAACACCAAGGCACCUGAGUUGGAUGACUCUAAUGCGGUCAUUUCCUUAAGUAAAGAUGCUCAAUGGACCGGCGAAGAUCGUUCAAGCGGUAUGGGCGCCACUUCUGAUCAAAUUGGAAUAUAUAUUGCUUUCUUGAUCAAGGUGGGUUUCUUGCCUCCUCCUUCGCAGGCAGGCACUCUAGACAUACCUGAGAUUGAGUUGUCUGAGGAACAGAUUGAACUCGUGUCUUCAGGUGCUGGCGCUCGAGGCAGCUCUGCAGCGUCGAAAUAA